AUGUCUACCUUUUUCGAUGAAAUGUCAAAGUCAUUUGCCGACGUUAAAGUCGCAGAUGGCAAAAUCGACACUGCUGAUUUCUUAGAAGCUUCUGAAUCUUUGGUUAAGUUGUUUGAUCUUUUGGGAUCAUCCGCAUUUACUGUUGUUAAAUCAGAUAUGACUGGUAAUAUCACCAAGAUCCGUAAGAAGUUGUUGGAAGAUCCAGUCAACAGCGGUACUUUGCAAGACUUGAUCCUUACUGAAGCCAAGACCAAGACAAAGACUGCCACCCAAGGUUUGUUGUGGUUGUCACGUGGUUUACAAUUUACUGCCCAAGCCAUGAGAGAAACUAUUGACGCUCCAUCCAAAGAGUUGACUGUUACAUUCACAGAUGCAUACACCAAGACAUUAUCCCAAUUCCAUGGUAUGUUGGUUAAACCAGUUUUCAAAUUGGCCAUGAAAGCUUGUCCAUAUAGAAAGGAUUUCUUUGAAAAAUUGGGUGCUGAUCAAACCAAGGUUGCUGAACAAUUGAAGGUUUGGUUGGAAGCUUUAGAGAAUAUUGUUAAGGUUAUCAUGGAUUUCUUUUCUUCUGGUAACUACGGUAAAGGUUUGUAA